CUCACUGGCCAGGGACUCUCAGGUGUCCUAGUAACACAUCUCCCUCUUUCCUCUUCCGGCAGCUGCUUCUUUGGAAGUCGCUCAUCCAACUCAAUGCCCCUUCUUUUACGACUGUCCCCACUUUCCUUCCCAAUGCUAUGGCUAGGGAAUAAGGCUGCCUCAUCAUGAAUGACCACUACCACCGAGCAGCCAGGGAUGGCUACCUUGAUCUGCUAAAAGAGGCCACCAAGAAGGACCUCAACUCCCCCGACGAGGAUGGCAUGACCCCAACCCUAUGGGCUGCCUAUCAUGGCAACUUGGAUGCCUUGCGGUUGAUAGUUAGCAGAGGGGGUGAUCCAGACAAAUGUGACAUCUGGGGGAACACGCCUCUUCAUCUGGCAGCAGCCAAUGGGCAUUUGAAUUGCCUUUCCUUCCUGGUGUCUUUUGGGGCCAAUAUCUGGUGUCUGGACAAUGACUACCACACGCCACUGGACAUGGCAGCCAUGAAAGGCCACAUGGAAUGUGUGCGUUACUUGGAUUCCAUUGCUGCCAAGCAGAGCAGCCUCAACCCCAAGUUGGUGGGCAAGUUGAAGGACAAGGCCUUCAAGGACGCAGAGAAGCGCAUUAAGGACUGUGUAAAGCUGCAGAAGAAGCACCAUGAGAGGAUGGAGAAAAGGUACAAAAAGGAGAUGUCUGACCAUUCAGACACCAUGAGCUUCUCCAGUUACUCCAGCAGCACUUUGAGCAGGCGAUUCCAGCACAUGUCUAUGAUGACAUCGUUGCCAUAUUCUCAGGCCACUGUACACGGCACAGCCAAGGGCAAGACCAAAAUCCAGAAAAAGCUGGAGAAGAAGAAGCAGGUAGAUGGGACAUUCAAAAUCUAUGAGGAUGGGAGGAAAAGUGUGCGCUCCUUGUCUGGCUUGCAGCUAGGCAAUGAUGUCAUGUUUGUGAAACAAGGCACCUAUGCCAGUCCAAAGGAGUGGUCUCGGCGAAACAUUAGGGACAUGUUUCUGACUGAUGAGGACACUGUCUCCCGUGCCAUAAGUGACCCAGGUUUGCACAUGGACUCAGCCCAUUCUGAGGUCAGCACCGAUUCUGGUCAUGACUCUUUAUUCAAUCGCCCUGGCCUAGGCACCAUGGUUUUCAGGAGGAACUAUGUCAGCAGUGGACUGUUUGGGAUUGGACAGGAUGAUCCCGGCAUGCUAGGAGAAAAUAAUAUGGAUAGGUUGGGCGUUAAACUUCACAGCCGCCUGCAGCGCUCGCCAAGUCUCAACGAUAGCAUCGGCAGUGCCAACAGCCUGCAGGAGAGGAACAUGGAGGAGCUGCCAUGGGAUGAGAUGGAACUAGGCCUAGAUGAUGAUAUCGAACCUGAAACCAGCCCUCUAGAGACCUUCCUUGCCUCUUUGCACAUGUUUGAAUUCAUUUCUAUCCUUAAGAAAGAAAAGAUUGAUUUGGAAGCACUCAUGUUAUGUUCAGACAAUGAUCUGAAGAGCAUCAACAUCCCUCUGGGACCCAGGAAAAAGAUUCUAGAUGCUGUCCAGAGGAGGAAACAGACUUUGGAGAAUCCCGAUAUCAUAGAAGACACUGAGCUAUAGCUGCUUUUAAGGACCAAGGAACAACAAAACAGUUCUAAAUUGCCAGAAAACAUCUGCCAGAGAUCCUAACAGUGGAAAACAGAGCGCCACAACACAAGGCCCAGCUCUAACAAGCUCUCAACUCAUCCUCUUAUUUCUGCCUGCAAAAGUUUGCCAGAUAGCAGCCUGGUGCUAAAGAGAUUUUUAAGCAUUGCACCCCCAGUUCCAAUCUAAAGUAGUAAACUCAUUUAAAUUACUUGUUUGAGCAGCAAUUCUGCAAACUCAAGACUGAAAUGCCCCAGCUUUUCUGCAGGGUAGAAAGAUGUUAUUUUUCCCAUGUGGCACAGUGAUCUCCAUUCUAUGAGACAUAAGUAGGUGACAAGGAGAAUAACUUAUGGGAAAGAGUAAUUGGCAUGGAUUAUGAUAUCAUUUUCCUAAAUGGCUUUGGGAAAUAUUUUGUAAUUGCAUGACUAUAAGCAUUGAUCACAAAAUUAGUGCUUCUAUAAUAUGAUCCCUGUAAGGAAAUGGUUUGUCAAAGAAAACUUGCAGUCCCCCCUCUCCCCCCUCCCCCGCCGUCUCCCCCACUAAAGCUGGCAUUAUGUUAAUAACUUAGGCAGACAUAUACAUCCAAUUAAUACAGCUCACGUCUUUGGUCAUAUGGUGUAGUGCAGGGGAUGUUUUAGACACAUCUGGCUAUGUCCCUAUAGCCACAUGCAGACUGGAAAGAUUCCUGGAAAGUCCUAGAGGAUAUAUUUGCCAUUUUGUAUUUCGGGGUCUAGUGAGAUGCUUUUCAGACACCCCACAGUCUCCACGGGCCACUACAAAGUCAUUGCACUGUGGGCAGAGUGAAAAAUGUAGGAUAUCAGGGAAAGAGGAUAGCACAUAGUUCCAUUGUGGAACCUUUACAUCACAUAUCCACAAUAACAACAUUGGCCUAAAUCCAACUGCCAGUCCCAAGUGGAGUUGGCUCAUAAAACAUUGGGAUUUACCUGAGUGUUGACAUAUCCAAAGCAGUUGAUUUCAGUGGGUCUAGCAUGCCCUCCACCUAUCCCUGUUGGGCAGGAAUAGCAUUGAUUAAUCCUCUGCUGUCCUACUUUUUCAGCUGCUUAUAAAAUGCCACUGGUUCUCUUUCUUUCUCCUCCUCUGCUGAUUUCAGUUGAAACUGAAGUUGAUGUGCAAAAGUUGUUUGCACUCAAUUAACACAGCAAUGGGAAGAAAAGAGAAGGAUCUGACUGUAAUCUUUCUUACUGGGCCUUCCUUUCAAUUUACAGUUGUUCACUCUAUGUCCUCUAUCAUGCGGUUCACCUGUUUGAGAAAGUCAUAGCAAAUACAUCUCUAUGCAUUGUUAGAGCCUUGAUGAAAGCUCUGCAGGGAGCUUGCCAAUAUACAAAAAUUCCCAUCCAAGUACAAAAAUUCUCACUGGGGGUGGGUGGGUUAAAAUCAUAGGGUAAAGAAAAGCAAGACAUUGGUAGAGGAGAAAGUGAUAAACAUUGGUGAUGUUUGUUUCCCUCUCCCGUCUUGUGCUUACAUUGUCAUCCCAAAGUGCAACCACACUUCUGUGUGAAUGAUACCUUCACUAGGGCAUACUAGGACACUUGUGCAAAUCAGGUGACCAGAUGUAACAAAGGACAGAACCCUUAUACCCUGCAGUCUGCGGUGCCAUACUCAUAAAUCCAGCUUUUCUUUUCCUUUGCUGCAGUAGUUUGCCAUGACAAGUAGUAUUUACACAGAUUGCAUCUGCCAUUCUGACAGAUAACACAUGCUGAAAGCUUCUUACACAGCCAGCACACUUCUGGCUAUGAUCUCCUAUCUUUAAUGAGUUCUUGUCCCUCCAGGAAAGAGGUCAGGGUGGAGUUUCUGGCAGACCAGAAUUAUGGCCUUCUAUAGCCCGUAUUAGGCAGCCCGAAUUCCCUUCUCUUUUCAAAAGUGAUAGGAGCAUCAACUAUGUAGCACUGCACAUAAACAUUCUUCCCUCCCACAGGAACUUCAUUAGUGUUUACCUUUCAACCAACAUUUCACAGCACUGUGGAUAAUAGCACCAAGAGUGAGAACGUGAUACCCAGCACAUCAAUAUUUGUAAAUUGUUGUUACAUUAUAAUUCAAAGCAAAGCUGAAAGUUGCAUUAAUCCGCAACAUCAACGACAUUGAAAAAAGCUGGCAUCAGUGUUAGGCACAAUUCAAAGCUUGUUUGAAGAGUUUUGAUUGCAUGGCUUUAAAGAUUGGCAGACAUAACAUCCAACAAGAUAAAAAAAAAACCCCUUAUAUAUGGAAGUGGGUAUUUGGGUUAAUCCAUCUUUAUCUGUCAUGGCUACUCUUUAUGCUUAUGUGGUGGAAUUGGUAUAUUGCCUUGUUUCCCUCAGUUACUCAAAUUGGAACAAGGCUGUUUUUCACAAGUUCCAUGGUUUUAUUUAUUUGACACUUUCUCAUGAGUUUUGCAGAUUUAUUGUGGCAAGAGUUUAAAUAAAUAUAAACUGAGAAGUAAAGCCAUACCAAUUGGACAAGUGAAGAAACAUCCACUGGGAAAAUAUGGGGAUAUAUUUGUGAGCAACAGAGACCCCAUUUGCCAUAUUGAGAAGUUGGAGCAGAAUUAUUAUUUGGCAGCAGUGGAGAGAAAGAUGUUCGGAUCAUGGCCUUUAUCCUAGGGACAAUGGCAGGCAAGUCUGUACUAUGGCAAAGCCAAGCUUUUUAUUUAUAUUAGCCAUGAAAUAACAAUCCAACCUUAAAUGCAGUUCUCAAGCUGCUUUUCUUCAUUGGACUUUGUCUGGAUUAAAUGUGCUAUGAUUUAUGAUGAUAGUGAAAAACUGUUCCCCCUGCAUUUCUCUUUGCACCAGGCUAUUUCAUGUAUCGUUCAGAUUGCAAACAUAUGUGAAUGAAAUUGGGAAUAAGUCCUAUUGGAUGCAAUGAAAGUUAUUUCUGAGUAAAUGUCCACAGAGCUGGGCCAUCAGUUUAUUAAAUGUACACGCCUCUAAAAUCCCUACCCUUUGUAAAUGCUUGGUAUGUAUACAAUGCAUUAAUGUAUGGAUGUCUAUGUACCAGAACUGUAUUUUAACUGCGCCUUUAUUAAGAUAUUUGUAUUCUUUCACUGCCUAACAACAUUUUUAAUGAAAUCUGUCGCAGUUUGUAUUUCUUUACAGUCUUUAAGGCAUGGUUAUUAUUUGGAAGGAAAAGUUGACUACGGUGCUGAAUUGCUGACUUCUAAAAUAUUAGCAUAUAUAUGGGAGAGCCAGUAGAGUCAGCCCUCCACAUCCACCCGGGUUAGGGGCACACUUUUUAAAAAUUCAUUUUUUAAAGAAAACCCACAUUUUUAAACUU